GAAAAUAGAUGCAAGUGUGUCUGGUACAGUGCUGCAACAAGAAGAGUUAUCUUCUUCUCCAGAAAAGAUCCAAUCUCCUUUUUCAAAGAAAUAUCAGGCUUGCAGAGCAAAUCUUCAAAGUACUAGUAAAUUGACUCUUUCUUCAGAAAUGGUUUAUAGCCAAGAACUGAAUUUGCCAGAAGGAGUUGAGAUAAUCAGUGUUAAGCCAUCAGCAGGACACCUAAGUUCCUCUUCCAUAUAUCCGGUAUGCAGUGCACCCUAUUUAUUGGCAACUUCAUGUUCAGAUGAAAAAGUGAGAUUCUGGAGAUGCAGGGUAACAGCUGUAGAGACUGCCACUUCAGAGAACACUGCAAAAAGUAAUCUUGAGUAUAUUUGGGAAGAAUGGCCUUUACUUAUUGAGGAUGGACUCCCUAGUAGCAGUGUUGUAACUAUUCCUGGAAGGCCAGUAGAAGUUAGCUGUGCGCACACAAAUCGUUUAGCUGUAGCCUACAAGCAGACUGCAUCUAAUGGUAGAUCUUCUCAAGACUUUAUGAUGCAUGUAAGUAUUUUUGAAUGUGAAUCUACAGGAGGUUCAUUUUGGAUCCUUGAACAAACAAUUCAUUUAGAGGAAUUAAGUGCAAUGUUGGACUCUGGUAUUAGUAUUGAUAGCAAUUUAGUGGCCUACAAUAAACAAGAGGUUUAUUUAUCCAGUAAAGAGAACAUCAUGCCAUAUACAAAGCAUUUAGUUCACUUAGACUGGAUGUCUAGAGAAGAUGGUUCUCAUAUACUUACUGUAGGAAUCGGAUCAAAGCUCUUUAUGUAUGGACAACUGGCUGGCAACGUUCAGGAACAAACUGGUAAAGAAGGCUUGGCAUUCCCACUAUGGGAGAACACUAAAGUUUUGUCUCAGUCUAAAUUUGUUCUGCUUCGGUGUGUCGAUUUGGUUUCUUCAGUAGAAGGAUCUCCACCGUUUCCUGUUUCUUUAUCUUGGGUACGUGAUGGUAUCCUUGUGGUAGGAAUGGACUGCGAGAUGCAUGUUUAUUCCCAGUGGCAUCCACCUUCCAAACAAGAGCCUGUGAUCACAGGUUCAUAUGGUGGAAGCACUCCAUCUAUCGUAAGUUUAAUGAAACCGAGUAAUUCAUCAGGGUCUGGUUUACACCCACCAAAGAAAACAUUAACUCGCUCCAUGACUAGUCUUGCGCAGAAAAUUUGUGGAAAAAAAACUGCAUUUGAUCUUGAUAUGGACAUGGAAGAUUCAGGUCUUUUUGAAGCAGCUCAUGCACUCUCGCCAACUUUACCUCAGUAUCAUCCCUUGCAGCUUUUAGAACUCAUGGAUCUUGGUAAAGUGCGGAGAGCUAAGGCCAUUUUAUCCCAUCUUGUUAAAUGCAUUGCAGGAGAAGUUGUGGCUUUGAAUGACGCAGUAUCUAAUCAUGAACGCCGAUUUAGAUCUCUCACUAUUAGUGCAAGUGGGAGUACCACAAGAGAACCUCCAACAUUCAAUAAAACUGAAAAUACAGACUACACAGAAAUAGAUUCAGUGCCCCCUCUCCCUUUAUAUGCCUUACUUGCUGCAGAUGAUGAUAGCCCUUAUUCUUCAUCAGAGAAAUCCAGUAAUUGUAGUCACUUAAACAAAACAAAUCAAUUACGUGAUGAAAGUUACAAUGAGCUUUUUCAGAUAUCGGCACUAACUACUGAUGAUGUUCAUAUCUUUGAGACAGAAGAAGAAAAUACAAAGCCCAAGGUUAUUGAUCUUUCUCAGUACAGUCCAACUUACUUUGGUCCUGAACAUGCCCAAGUUCUUUCGGGACAUUUACUUCAUUCUAGCUUACCAGGUCUCAACCGGAUGGAACAGAUGUCUUUGAUGGCCUUAGCAGAUACUAUUGCGACUACAAGUACUGAUAUUGGUGAAAGCAGAGACAGAAACCAAGGUGGAGAAACUCUUGAUGAAUGUGGCUUAAAAUUUCUUUUGGCUGUUCGCCUUCAUACUUUUCUCACAACUUCCCUUCCACCUGUCUAUCGAGCUCAACUCCUUCACCAAGGUCUCUCUACUAGUCAUUUUGCAUGGGCAUUUCAUUCUGUAGCAGAAGAAGAGCUACUGAAUAUGCUGCCUGCCAUGCAGAAAGAUGAUCCCACCUGGUCAGAACUAAGAGCUAUGGGUAUAGGGUGGUGGGUUCGAAACACGCGAGUCUUACGCAAGUGCAUAGAAAAGGUCGCUAAAGCAGCUUUUUAUAGAAAAAAUGAUCCAUUAGAUGCUGCCAUUUUUUACCUUGCAAUGAAGAAGAAGGCUGUGAUAUGGGGGUUAUACAGAUCUCAAAAAGAUACCAAGAUGACACAGUUUUUUGGACAUAAUUUUGCAGAUGACAGGUGGCGUAAGGCAGCAUUAAAGAACGCCUUUUCUUUGCUAGGCAAACAAAGAUUUGAACAUUCUGCAGCAUUUUUUCUUCUGGCUGAUUGCCUGAAAGAUGCAGUUGAGGUUUGUCUGGAAAAAUUGAAUGAUGUUCAGUUGGCUUUGGUAAUAGCAAGACUUUAUGAAUCUGAAUUUGACACAUCUGCAACAUACAAAUCUAUACUGCAUAAAAAAGUUCUGGGAAUCGAUUCUUCAGUCAAAGAACACCAUUCAGUGAACACGAAUGUACAUGAUGAUCCUUUCCUUCGGAGUAUGGCAUAUUGGAUCUUGGAAGACUAUAGCAGGGCUCUAGAUACAUUAAUAAAACAACCCUUGAGAGAGGAAGAAG